ACGUGCCGCUAUAUAUACCCACGGCUCGCCGGCACGGCGGCUCCGGGCUGCGUCGUUCACCGGAAAAUUCUAUUCUAUUAUAUAUAAUUUAUAUAUCCAAUGAGUUUGGGAGCCGGGUCGAGUUCAACUCGGUCGGCGAGACUCACCGAGUCAGCCGAACCGGGAAUACACAACGAGAAGAUUCUACUUCUGGUUUUCGAGUCAAUGAAAUGGGACAUCCGUACGGUCUGCCGGACCGCCUCCGUGGACAGGCGGCUCCGGGCGGUGGCGAAGCGCCUUCUCUGGCGGGAGCUCUGCAUCUACCGCGCCAGGAGGAUGAUGUCGGCGGUGGCGGAAGGCGGCCGGGUGAUCGGCGGCUGGCCGGCGAUGGCGAAACUGUUAUUCUUCUGCGGCGGGUGCGAGUCGCCAGUCCGGCAUUUCGAUCCACGCCGACCGGAGCCGGGUCACUUCGUCGAGUCGAGCCGGUUUUCUAAGACGUCCGGUUUGAGUUUUCUGAGGAAAGACUGCCGGGAGGAUGUGCUGUACGUGACGGACCCGUGCGAGCACCGGUCGGGGGGCGGCGGCGGCGGGGAGGGGGAGGACGUCGGAAUAUACCGAGGGGUAUUUAGGUCAUUUCAGAGGUCGAGGACGCGGGAAUGUUUGGUAAGGAGACAGGUGGAGUUCGAGGACGGGAUCCGCUGUCCGUACUGCGGGACCCGCGUGUGGAGCAUGACGGCGGCGCGGAUGAUACCACGAAAGAGCGCGGCGCGGCGGCUCGGCUCGAGGGACGGCGCCGGCGGGUUGGAGUAUUUUGUGUGUCUUAACGGUCAUCUACAUGGGAUGUGCUGGCUGGUGAGUUUAUCGUCGUCGGAUGAUGAUGACGGUAUCAGCGAUGGUGAUGGACGGUCCAGAUUUACCGGGAGCAGUAGCAGCAGCAGCGGUUAAAGUUGAAGUUUAGUUAGUUACUGCAUCUGUCUGUAUACGAAUAUUUGUCUUUUAUUUUUAUUUUUAAUUUUAUUUUUUUGGUGAUGGAUUGGGGAAUCUGGAGGACACUUUUUAUUUGCUUUGCAUGUCCUUCAUGCACCAGCAAUUCAUUUAUGUGCUUAAGUUUUGUUUGUUUGAGUUUUGUCCCUUGUAUUUCGACUUUAUUCGGUUUUCUAUGAAAUGGAUCGCAGGCUUUGUUUGUUUGUA